AUGGCCCUUUCUGUGCGCACAAGUGGUGGAUCCCGGCAAUUCUCUUCUCGGAGUGGGCUUGGCGGGGGGUCUCUGAGAAUGUCUGUUUCUAGCGGUGGAGGAGGCUUUGGUGGCAAUGGACUGGGCUUUGGUGGUGGAUCUGGUGGGCGCUUUGGUGCUGCUUCUAUGCUUGGUUCAGGCUCUGGCUUCAGUGGGGGUUUUGGGAGCAGCUUAAGCAGUGGCUUUGGUGGAGGCUUUGCUAGUGGUUUAGCGGGUAGCUACGGAAGCGGCUUAGGCAGUGCUUUUGGUGGAGGUUUAGGAAGUGGUUUUGGCAGCAGCUCAGGCACAGGUUUUGGAGGUGGCUUUGGUGGUGGCUCAGGACCUGGUUUUGGAGGUGGUUUUGGCACUGCUGGUGCUGGGGAUGGUGGCCUUCUUUCUGGCUCAAAGAAAGAAACUAUGCAGAACCUCAAUGACCGCCUGGCUGCUUAUCUGGACAAAGUACGAGCUCUGGAGGACGCCAAUACUGAGUUGGAGUGCAAAAUCCGCGAGUGGUAUGAGAAAAACGGCCCUGGCGCUGGUAUCCCUGGUCCUGGGAAUGACUAUAGUAAAUAUUAUCCGAUAAUUGAAGAUCUUCGAAACAAGAUCAUUAAUGCAACCAUCGACAACGCAAGAAUCAUUUUGCAGGUCGAUAAUGCCAGACUGGCUGCUGACGAUUUCAGACUGAAAUAUGAGAAUGAAGUGGCUCUUCGCCAGAGUGUGGAAGCUGACAUCAAUGGUCUACGCAGGGUUCUUGAUGAGCUGACCUUAACGAGAGCUGAUCUGGAGAUGCAGAUCGAAAGCCUGAAUGAAGAACUGGCUUAUCUCAAGAAGAAUCAUGAAGAGGAGCUUCAGGGCAUCCAAAGCAGUGCAUUUGGCCAAGUCAGCGUUGAAAUGGAUGCUGCCCCAGGAACUGACCUGACCAAGCUUUUGAAUGACAUGAGGGGACAGUACGAAGCCAUUGCUGAGCAAAAUCGUAAAGAGGCCGAAGCAUGGUUCAAUGAAAAAAGUGGGGAGCUGAAAAGGGAAAUCUCCACCAAUGCUGAGCAGCUUCAGUCAGGGAAGAGCGAGAUCACAGAUUUAAAGCGGACUCUCCAGAGCUUGGAAAUUGAACUACAAUCUCAGCUUGCCAUGAAAAAAUCCCUUGAAGACACUUUAGCAGAAACAGAAGGAGGUUACUGUGCUCAGCUUUCACAAAUGCAGCUUCAGAUUGGGAACCUGGAGACUCAGCUCUUCCAGGUCAGGGCUGAUAUGGAGCGCCAGAAUGCAGAGUAUCAACAGCUUCUAGACAUCAAGACUCGCCUGGAAAUGGAGAUUGAAACCUAUCGUCGCUUGCUGGAUGGCGAGUUUGUGAGUGCAGGACAGGGAGUUACACUUGAAAGUUCAUCCCUGACAGAGUCCAAAUCACAAACGCAAUCACUGGAUUCUUCUCAGGAUCCUACCAAAACUAGAAAGAUCAAGACAAUUGUUGAAGAAGUGGUAGAUGGAAAAGUUGUUGCAUCCCAUGUUAAGGAAGUUGAAGAGAAGAUAUAA